UCUCUACCCGAAGAGUUGUGGGAGUCUGGAACAGGUUCCCCAACCAUGUUGUGGAAACUGACACCCUCACUUCUUUCAGAAACCGGAUAAGGUCCUCGGCUCACUUAACUACUAUCAAAGGACCUAGAUGGAGAUGAUCUCGUUUGUACACCUUUCUCGUGUACAGUAACAAACUUCAGUGUGAAAGUCCUGAGUUUGCUACAUUCCUGUUUCACGAACCACGUACCUAGUCUUUCAGGUGAGCUUAAUGUUGAUACACAUCGCGAUAUAAUGCAACUGUUGUAGCUGCGCAGCAUUUUUAUAUCACUUCUCCAGGUAGAAUGAAGCGAUUGUGACGUUGCGGCUGCAGCAUCAGCUCCACCGCCGAGUUUAAAGCCCUGGGCGGGGUCACAGGGACUGAGGUGCCUCGCGUCACGCCGCCAUCUGCUCCGAAUGUUUUCGUUCCGCGUGCGCUGCGAUCAUAUCUCGGGCACCUACGAGGGGGACAAGUGACACUGGGAAAGGAAAACGAAGGAACAUGGUAGCAAAGAAGAUCAGAACGGAGUACAUGAAAAAAUUUAAGGACCCCAAAUGGGAGACGUACAGCAAGUGUUACGAGGAUAUGCUGCAGUACAGGCUGACCCGGCGGCUGCUGGAGCACACGCACAACCCUUGGUUUUGGGAAGGGUGGGACAGUGGCUCGGACUCGAGUGGCAGCUCCACUCCUCCGAAUAGCAAGACGGGGGAAGCUCAGAAACCGAGCGAGGAGGCGCCGAAAGUGUCGGAGAAGGAACAGCCCGAGCCGCCCGUGCAGCCCGUGCAGCCCAAGAGCGCGUCUGCAGACCCCGCCGAGCCGAGGGUCUCUGCUGGGGCUCAGAGAUCCGGAGCGCCGACAGAGCGCAGAGGCUCGCCAGCAUCGCCGGCCACAGGCCAGGUUCCUGAGGGCGCGGGGCAGGAAGAAGAGGGCAAGGCUCCCGGAGGAGAACCGAAGAGCAAGGACCCGCCCCCCGCUGCCCCUGCGGAGCCAGACCACAGCAGCCGGCGGCCCACCGACCCCCGGGCGUCUGGCGGGCCGGCCCAGGGCAGGAGCCAGACACGGCAGCCUGCCGAGCCCGACAAGGAGAACCGGCACCCGUUCGCUCUGUACGGCUGGGCGGAGAGGCGCGCAGAGACCGGCCUCAAGAAGACCCACAACGUCCGGCCUUCUGCGUCCACUAAGGAGAUCCACGCGUCCGCCCUGCGAGCCAAGACCAGGCGCGAGGUGGAGAAGAGGGUCAGGACUCUGGAGCGCCGGCGGGCGCGGUCCGCGGAGCUGGACCGGCUCCACAAAGCCAAGCAGCCCCCUGUGGACAACCCCUGGAUGACCGAGUACAUGAGGUGCUUCUCCGCUCGGUCCCGAUAGAACAGACAGCUGGGGGGCACGGAGGAGCCUCAGUAGGCCUCAGGCUUUCUGACACGGGCUCCUGGCUGAUGUCUGGGGGCCCGGCUGGUUUGUCCAGUGUUUUUCCAACUUGGUGCUUCGGGGAAAGUGUGUGAUUGCUGUUGCUGUUCUAAGAAAAUGUGGAGUUUUCACCCCCUAAGGUGAUCACGGUUUAAUAGGAGACUUAUCAGUGUAUUGGUUUUAAACCGCGUCUUAAUGUUUACAUUGUUUUGAAAUGAUAGAUGUCUGUGUUUAAUCUGAUUUUGAAUACGGAAGAGUUUCCUUGUAAAUCGGGGCUGAACACAAGGAAAUCUUUUUUUAAAUUGUAAAUUUAAAAACACUUUAUUGCACUUUUUUUCUGGAGGUUGCAUUUUGCUUUACUAUUUUAUACAGUGUAUUGUAACAGCAGAACGGUAUUUAAAGGACCGUUUGACUUGGUAUUUUUUUCUAUAUUUUCAUUAGGAAUAUCUGUUCAGGACUUUGCUCUGUCAGCUUGCAUUAAUUGCAAUUGUUAUGAAGUGUCUGAUUCUAGAAAAUGACCAACCUAAUAUUUUUAUAUAGGACAUUCCUGAUACACGUUUGUAUCUUUUGGCAAAAAUUUCUAGUGACAUAUUCUUUCCAUCCCAUUGGUAAAAGAGCAGUUUAUUGAAUACAAAACCUUGACUGGUACCGUACAGUACAAAUUCUGAAGUUCUCUUACAUUGCAAUCAAAAAAAGAAUAUAUACCUCUAGAAUUAAUUGAUUUUAAAUAUUGUGUUAUUGUGGAUGAGGUUUAAUUAUGUAUAAUCUUAAGUGAAUGUAUUUGCAAAGAGGGCUGAAGUGAAAUCUUAUCUCUUACCAUGGAUUUGCUUGCACUUGUAGGCAGUGAAGGAGCUGAGUGGAGUAGAGACAAUGGAUGUGUUCAGUUUCACAGGAACAUUUUCUGUUUUUUAGCUGUGUAGCUUUCUCAAGCCACACAAGUGUUCUCAGGUGUUUUCAUUUAGCUGAGAGCUUUUUCACUAAAUUAAAAUAGAGUGGCCAUACGUUAUGACAGUAUGAAGGUAAAGAUACCUGAGUUCAGUUGGUUGUCGCUUACAGACUGUGGCACAUGCUGUAUGUUAGCUGAAUUUGUCUUCUCUCUGGGUGUGGGCGUGCCAAACAGACUUCCAAAGUCAGUAGACUUGGCAACGAGGAGGGUUGGAGGUUACCUUUGUAGGCAUCUCCCCAGACAAACUGACACACCUGACAGCUCUUUUAUAUAAGAGACAGAAAGCUCAGACAUGAAUGAAAUAAAUUGAGUGCUGGUGGUUCCUCUAGUGUCAAGAUUUGUGAACUCGGGUGCAUGCAUAAUUACAUUCUGGCUGUUCUAAGUACUUGUAUAAAACUGCACUAAUAUUUGUGUACACAUAGGAGAUUUAUGUUCAGUAUUUGUGAGCUUGUGUUUCUGGAUCAUGAAUUUCUGGAUAUUGCACAGUGACUCAAUCCCUGUGGUUGAAGUUAUUAGAUGGAUAAAGAAGCUCACUGGGUGACCUAUCAAAGUGUUAGACUAGAUUUUCACUUUGAGGUCACCUUAAUGUCUGGGAAUGCUUUUUUGAACUUCUUUUCUGAUUUUGUGUUGUGAAAAUAUGAUCCAUUGUAGUUUAUGUUUGUGCUGCACUGUCAUAAUAAUAAUAAUUGCUUACACUUAUAUAGCUCUUUUCUGGACACUCCACUCAAAGCGCUUUACAGGUAAU